AUGUUGGCAAAGUCUGACAGGAAGUUCAGAGAAAACGGCCCCCGACUCUCAGUCGACACAGCACAACCCAAAGUGAUCUCUCAGCGCGGAGGCAAUGCCACACUGCCAUGCAAGUUCAAUCGGGAUUCCUCGCUUCCCCCAAAUCCCAAGCUGAGGAUUAAAUGGACUAAACUGACCUCAGACUACCUGAAGGAAAUUGAUGUGUUUGUGGCGAUGGGCUUCCACAAAAAGAGCUACGGUCGAUUCCACGGCCGCGUUCACCUUCAGGCUGCCAGCGAGAGCGACGCCACACUGGUCAUCACAGAGAUCACCCUGGAGGAUUACGGGAAAUACAAGUGUGAAGUCAUCGAUGGCUUGGAGGACGAUACGGCAGUGGUUUCUCUUGACCUACAAGGUAUCGUUUUUCCAUAUUUCCCAAGACUGGGUCGAUACAACCUGAACUUCCUUGAGGCUGAAAAAGCUUGCCGAGACCAAGACGCCAUUGUGGCAUCCUUUGAGCAGCUGUACGACGCCUGGAGAGACGGUUUGGAUUGGUGCAAUGCAGGCUGGCUCAGUGACGGAUCAGUACAAUACCCCAUCACCAAACCCAGAGAGCCAUGUGGAGGCAAAAACACCAUUCCCGGAGUCAGGAACUAUGGGAUACGAGACAAGCAAAAAGAACAAUACGAUGUCUUCUGUUUCACCUCCAACUACAAAGGACGUUUUUAUUAUUUGAUACACUCGUCCAAGCUUACAUAUGACGAGGCGGUGCAAGCAUGCCAAAAGGAUGGAGCUCAAAUCGCCAAAGUUGGGCAAAUGUACGCAGCAUGGAAGCUUCUGGGCUACGAUCGAUGCGACGCCGGCUGGUUGGCAGACGGUAGUGUACGGUAUCCAAUCUCCAAACCCCGCAGACGCUGCAGUCCCACAGAGGCCGCCGUACGCUUUUCCGGAUUCCCAGACAAGAAGCACAAACUCUACGGCGUCUACUGCUACAAGAGCAACAACUGAGUUCGCAAAAUGUGUAUAACUCACGAACUAAGUGUAACAAUGUAAGGAGUUAGAGUGCAUUAAAACUGUGACAAAGUCUCUA